CGGCGUCGUGCCGCUCUUAAACUGGAGUAACAGUGCAGAGAAGAAUGAGGAGCUAAUAAAGGUUUAAACACCGGAGCAGCUGGUGGAGGUCUGAGCUCGGAUGCAGCGCUCAUAGCUCCGCACAGAAUGAGCCGUCAUGAAGAGACCAAGGCUUGCUGGACUUUUCCUCUGCGUGGGCUGCCUGCUUGCCUACCUGAUGUUUGUGAAGCGGCAUUAUGCUGUGUCGAAGCCCGAGGCCUUCAGACCGCCUCCCAACAUCAGCCCAGCCUCCAGGCACCUCGGAGAUGAUCUUCCCGCCUCCCAGUUUCAGUACGGCAUCAUGUUUGACGCUGGGAGCACCGGGACCAGGAUUCACGUUUUCAAGUUCCAGAUGGAGAGCAAAGAAGCUCCAAAGCUGAACCACGAGACGUUCAGGGCCAUCAAACCCGGUCUGUCUGCAUACGCUGAUGAUCCACAGCAGUGUAAAGCAGGAAUCAUAGAGCUACUGGAGGUAGCCAAAUCCAGCAUCCCCCCUUCUGUCUGGAACGUCACCCCCGUGGUGCUGAAAGCCACGGCUGGCCUCCGCCUGCUGCCUGGAGAGAAGGCCAAACACCUGCUAGACCAGGUGAGGGCGCUGUUCCUGCAGUCUCCGUUUUUGUCCAGAGAAGACUCCGUGUCCAUUAUGGAUGGCACUGAUGAAGGUAUUUCUGCCUGGAUCACCGUCAAUUUUCUAACUGGUGAUCUUCAUGGUGCUGACUCACCCACGGUGGGGAUGCUGGAUCUGGGAGGCGGCUCGACUCAGAUCACCUUCAGCCCUCAGGAUGAGAAAACCAUUCAGACCUCACCCUUCGACUUCAUCAGGUCCUUCCAGAUGUUCAACGUCACGCAUACGGUCUACACUCACAGCUACCUGGGUCUGGGUCUGAUGUCAGCUCGACUCGCCGUCUUAGGAGGAGUUGAAGCCUCCCCGUUAGGGGGCAGCACAGAGCUGGUCAGCCCAUGCCUUGCUCCAGAGUACUCGGGCAGUUGGGAGCACGCUGACAUUGUGUACACUGUGAAGGGACAGAAAGCAGGGGAGCCUGUUUACAAGGCGUGUCUAAACAAAGUUGAGAAGGUUUUAUACAAGAAGGUGAUGAAGGCAUAUGAGAAGGCUGACAUGGACUUCUACGCCUUCUCCUACUACUACGACCGGGCCGUUGACCUGGGCAUCAUCGAAGAGAAGAAGGGAGGAACCAUUCGAGUUUCUGAUUACAUCAACUCAGCCAAAAGAGUGUGCAGCAGUCUGUCCCUCAACCCUCCACAGAGCCCCUUCCUCUGUCUGGACCUGGUCUACAUCUCUGUCCUACUGCAGGAGCUUGGCUUCCCCCUGCACAAACAGUUCAAGUUGGCCCGGACCAUCAAUGAGGUGGAGACCAGCUGGGCUCUGGGGGCCACUUUUCAUUACAUCCAGUCAUUGAAGGGACACUGAGGAUUUUACUGUGAAAAGCCUCACCACAGCACCAAUAUCCUGUUUUGUCUGGGGAGAUCCUCAGAUUCAUCGUGACCUCAUCAGCACCAGAAACCUCCAGCUCUCAAACCCCAUGGGGGGUCUGACAUGCAGCUGCUGAAUGGCUGUUGCUAUUGACUGGUCCCUGGUGAUGUCACUAUCAAGCCAAACCAGAAGAGAUUCCUGAUCUAGAAUGAGAAGGAAUGAAGAUGAAUGACUGUAACCUGGUGUUGGGUUUCUGGUUUUAACCUGAAAGUGAACAUGUUAGCGUUGUUGCUAACGUCGCUAACGUGUGAGUCAGAUACCCGGCACUCAAAGGGGCAUUUACAACAGUCAUCCUAAGAGGAAACUCCUGUUUCUCAUUUCUUCUCCAUCACAUGAUACCUAUGACAAUUUCACACUGAGGCCUAAUCCACAUCAAGGGGGGUAUUUUUGAAAACAGCAUUCUGUCCUUUUGUAUACAACCAGAUGGCGUUUUUACAUAGCACACUAACCAUUUUUCUACCACAAUGUUGAUGAACAUCCUUCUUCAAAAACAAAACAGACAAGUUCCAAAAAAAUUCAGCAUUCUUCAUCUCUCCCUAUCAGUAUUAGAAAACAGCUAAUCCAACAAUAUCUCUUAGAUUGACUCUCCGUUGUUGGCAGCUUUUGGAAAAGUGAGUAGUACUGGUGAAAAGCUCCUCACCAGUUUCACCCACUUUUCCAAAAGUGGCCAACUAUGGCCUGCUAUUUGGCAUUUAUGGAGGGAAAUUCCCAGCUUCAUCAACAUUCCAUCCUAGCAUUUAAAGAUGUCAUCCUUUGAUGUCUUUAGAAGCUUCAGAAAGAUGGUGUCGUCCUUUGAUGUCUUUAGAAGCUUCAGAAAGAUGGUGUCAUCCUUUGAUGUCUUUAGAAGCUUCAGAAUGAUGAUGUCAUCCUUUGAUUUCUUUUAGAAGCUUUAGAAACAUGUUGUCAUUCUUUGAUGCCUUUAAAGGCUUUAAAAAGAUGAUGCCAUCAAAGCUUCUAAAUUAUUCCAUCCUUUCCUUUGAAGAUGAUGUCACUGCUGCUGUGAUGAACGGACUCCUGCUGCAGAGGCAGGUUUUGACCGAUCAUAAUGGUUUUUAGUGUUUUCAUGUGGAUGUUUUGGUUAUGGUAAACUUCUGUUUUCAUGAAUACCUGCCAUCAUGUGAAGUAGACCUCUGAUUCCUUCACUUUGUCAGGCUUGAAUAUGACAUCACAGCUGACCAGCCAAUCAGAUUCACCACAGCCUCAUAAACUCUUGGGUAAACCUGACGCCAGUUUGGUUCAUAUCUAAGCUAUGAAGGAUGAUUAUUGUCACAUUUCAGUCUUUUUUUUUUUUAACAAACCAACCUCAUGGGACACUCCGAGACAAACGGUUGACCUCCGAUGGCUGAACGCUACUGGUUUAUGAUCAGGGCCGUGAAAUAUGGCGCUAUGAACCGCAAUUAAUUUCUGAAUUUUUAUAGUUUUCGUGAUUAAUCACAGUGAUGAGGACAUUUUAAAUGUGGUUAUUAUUCAGUUAAAACCAAUGGUUUCAGUCCAUAUUUAUGUAUGAUAGAUAGUUCCUGGUGUAUUGAUUAGUGAAUGAAGAUGUAUUUCAGAAGGUUGUUAUAUUGACGUUGGAUUUGAUUAUUUAUAAACCCUUGGUUCUCAACUGGUGGGUCUGGACCCAAAAGACUUUUUUCAGUGUGCCUGGCAAAAUAUAUACAGAAAUAGUCUGUGAUGUGCUUUUAUUUUGAAGGGUAUGCUUCCAUCUCUUUCAUUUUUUGUUCCACUUCAGUCCAGACAGUCCCGUUGUUCAUUAAAAACAGUCGGUUAUGAUUGAAAUAUGUAUUUAAGAAAUUUGGGUCAUAGUUUGUAGUUAAGGAGCUGGUAGGUCCUGCUGGACUAGUUGAGAACCACUGGUUUAAACAAGUGCUCCGGAAGCUUAGAAAGAUAAAAUAUCACAUGAUUAAUGCGGUUUAAAAAAAAUGUGUUAAUUUGAGAUCUUUGUCCAAUCAAGAUAAGAGGCCUGUGUCCACUGACUGCUCUUGAUAAUACACCAGUGUAGUCCAGUAUUUUCAGCUUCCUUAGCUGACCAAUCAAAAUUGUGAAGGGGCGGGACUUGUGAAACAAGUUUUGUCUACAACAAUGGCAGCAGAGAAACUAGUUUGACUUGUCUUGUGGAGGGUGAAGUUUCCUGGUCUACAGCUGGUAAACACCAAGAUUCAUUUGACACAAUGGUAAGCAGCUGGGGGCCUGGGGGCCACAUGUGCCCCCCCCCCCCUUACUCAGUGUGACCGCCAAGUCUUUUUCAGAUAUCAAGAUACUGGAAGAAAGUAUGAUUAGAUCAGCCACAAAACAGAAAUAUUUCUAUAAAUAUAUUUGAUAAGUGGCAUAUAUUUUUAGUACUUUACAAGAAAUUAAAGAUAGAUCAGCUGUAAUAUUUGAUGAAAUAAGUUUUCUAUGAACCAUUAAAGGUGCAGUGUGCAUAAUAUUCAGCCUUGUAGCAUUCAGCGGAACAAACUUGGUAAACUUUUUAUUUAUUUGUUUUUGUUUUACUAAAAAAAAAAGCCUUUUAUUCAUUCAUAGAGAAGGUUCCCUUUAAUAGAGUCUGCCAUCUUGGAUAUUAGCAUUUUGCAUGUUUCUACAGUACCACGGAAGGGACAAAUAACAGAAACUCUUUUUACCCAUCAGAAGUGAGUAUCCCAGUCUACAAACUGACUAUUUGAUGUUGCUAAUGUUACCCAAUUUUACACACUGCACCUUUAAAUGCCUUUGUAUCAAAAACCUAAAUAUACAAGUAAAACACACUAAUGUCAACACUUAUGUUCUUUUGCAUUGCAAAAACAGUUUAAAUUGGCCUCAGUCCUGUGUAUAUCUGAUUAAAUUAAGCAUUACUGUCUGAAUUAGCAUGCUGAAAGCAACACAUUUUCCUUUUGUGAAAUUAUGAGUAAUUUUUAUUGUUAAACUGUGAGUUUUCCCACAUUUAUAAUUAUUUGUACCUCUGGCAGAGGGAAUAAAAUGACUUGGACUCACAGUAACCAAAGUUCCCCACGCCUGAUUUAACACUUUUAACUGAGAUUUCUUGAAUGAAGAAAAAUUUAAAGCAUGCAGAUCUAUUUAAAAAAGAUGCUGUCAGCAUUAAAACUUGCAGUCUAUGGACACAGGUCUGAUGGCGUUAACCUUGACAGUCCUGGUCAUGACCAGUCUGCCCCUCAGCAUCACUACUGUUGUCCUCCUGUAUUUAAACCCUUUUAUUUUUUAUGAUGAAGGUUGACAGUUGUCUUUUACAUUGAGUUUUGUACUCGAAUGUUUGUGCCAUAAAUCUGAACUGUUUCACUCAGAGGUUUACUUUCUCAUCGCUAUCCUCUUAGAAAGAAACUCAGAGACUUUUAGGAAUAUUUAACCUAAAUGGAGACAUAUUUACUCUCUCUUUGUGCAUUUGUUCCUCCUCUGGUGAACCGAUAAGGGCUGGUUAUUGGGUAUCACCUGUUCAUCUCUGAGGGGUUUAUCUUAUUCUAAAACAUUGUGUAAGGGUUCUUUUUUUUCCAGCAGUUCCCCUAGAUGUUUUGGUUUUACUAUUAGUUUUUCUGUUUUGAUUUUUGUUUUUGUCAAAUUUAUGAUUUACUGUGAUCACAUGAUACCAGACAGGCUGAUGUUUCUGUCGGAUGGAGGAAAGGGAUUUAAAUCCUCUCUAGGUCAGACCAAAGGUUCAAGCCAAGUCAGUCAGCAGCAGCAGCUGAUUUUAAGGCACGUUGUGAUUCAACAGUCAAUCUGCACCUCAGAGCCCAGACAGGAAGCCAGCAGGUCUAAAUGCCACUGUGCAGUUUGUCCUGGCAAUUUUAAUCAUUAAUUCUAUCCUCACAAAUCAGAAGAAAGCUCACUGUAAUCUUCCCAGAGUUGCUGGUACGUCGGCGACAGUCUGUAUUUUAUCAGCCAUCAUGGCUGAGCUCGCCCAGCAGCACAGGCCAUAAAGCCUUUAGGUCCUAGUCCAGGGUCUAGGACCCCCCUGGGGCAGACUGAUUCUAACACUUCAGCACAUGUAAACCGUUUUUCUUGGUUUAAUUGAUAAAAAAAUUAAAAUCUGUGUUAAUUUUUAACAAUAACAUAAAACUUGUGUGUUUAGAGGGGCUCAGCUUUUCUCAGAUAUGAGUGGCUGAUAGGACACUCCUGGCCUGGAGCUCGGAGCGUAAAUCAACAUAAGCCCUCUAAAGAUUCUGUUGAGGCACCCUCAGACAGCCCAGAGUCUCUUUUUUUAUGUUUCUGACAAAAGCAGAACUGAAACUACAUCAUCUGUCCUUAUUCAUAUCCUACACUGAGUUAAACAUGGCUGAAACACAGGCAUGAAAAGAGGAGAUGGAAAAUAAAGCACAGUACAUAUUCUGUCCCUCUGUCAGCAGUGUGAACUGACAGGAUCUCAGGAUGUUACAGAUCGGCUCACCAACUCACCGUCUGGUGUGAAUCUUUGGUCUGAAACUACUGUUUAGAUUUAAGCUGACAUUAACACAGUGAAAUAGUGAAGAUGAACACAUUUACUGCUUCAUGUUUGAAGUUUAUAACCUCACAUCUUCAUAUCCGACCUCAUGAUGUUUUUGUAUCGACAGCGACAUGGAUUGUUUUCUACUCUGAAGGAUCUCCUGUUUGUACAUUUUUCUCUGUGAUCAGUACGAAGU